AUUACGAGACACGAGAAAACACAUGAGAAGUAAAAACAAACAACUCAUGGUUUUCUCACAUAAAACCUAAGGACUCUGCCCCGAUCCCGCCACAUGACUAGAAUUUCAUAAACAAGACGGUGGGACCGUGACACCGCUUAAGAGGAAAUCCUUUCUGUGAACCAGGGCAUCCUUUCCUGUGUAGAGGAAAACAUGGCAAAAUAAGCAGCCGAUAUUUCUUGAAAGUUGAAGAAUCAGAAGACGAAACCACAAUCAUCCAGCUCACCUUGGAAAAGCAGAAGAUACACAUAGACACGAUGAAAAACGCAUUACAGAUUGUUGCACUUUUCAUGGGAUUUUUAGGAUGCGUGUCUGUUGUGGUAUCAUUGUACAAUAAUUACUGGAGGGUGUCCUCUACAGAAGGUAGUGUCAUCACCACUUCCAACAUCUUUGAGAACCUCUGGAUGUCCUGUGCAGAUGACUCCUCUGGUGUUUACAACUGUUGGAAUUUUCAGUCCUUGCUCGCUUUACCAGGUUACAUUCAGGUAUGCCGUGCAUUAAUGAUCGCAUCUAUUGUUCUGGGCGUUUUUGGGCUGGUGGCAACUCUAGUAGGUAUGCAGUGUUCUAAGGUUGGAGGAGAGAAAUAUGUAAUGAAGGGUCGGGUCGCUGGGGUCGGCGGCAUCUUUUUCAUACUGCAAGGUCUCUCCACUAUGAUUGCAGUGUCUUGGUAUGCUUAUAAUAUCACUCAGCAAUUUUUUGACCCACUGUAUCCUGGGAUAAAAUAUGAAAUCGGAGAAGGGCUUUACAUUGGUUGGAGUUCUGCUACACUGGCUUUAUGUGGUGGCAGCUGCUUGCUGUGUUCUUGUAGAGUGAAAAGCUCAGACAUAAAAAAAUCAGAUCUUCAGGACUACAGAACUUCAGAUCAUAGCAGACAUAUGCAGAUUGUUCAAACUGCCUCUACAAUAUCGUGCACCAGUCAGUAUGGUCGCAAUGCAUACGUGUAAGAAACAGACUUCAUAUGGGAUAAACAUGCAAGUUAAAAUGAAGAGUUUGGUUCCAAAAUGAGAUAACUGUUUUAAAAAAUAUUUUAAAAAUCAUAUUUUUAGUUUGUGCAUUCCAAUUAAUAUCAAUCAAACUGCAGUUGGUUUGUUUUGAUUUAAGCCAUAAUAACUAAAAAAAAAUACAGCUAACACAAUAAAAACAUGAUGUCAUAAUAAAAAACAUGAUUUUUAAAAAAUGUUAAAAACAGAGUUAUCUCAUUUUGGAACCAAACUCUUCAAAUGGUCAAAACAGGGUGCUCUAUCAAACAAAACCUCAUAAUUCUGUUGUAAAUAGUGUUUUCAUCUAAAUAAAGCCAUGUAAAUACUGGUCAUAUUGUUGGGAUUUUCCCAUCAUACUCCUCUUUUUUAAUUAUAACAUUUCCAGUAAAUACUUGUGUGCAAGAACUUGCAAAAAAAGGGUAAUACAACUUUAAACUGAUAAGUUUAAAAAUGUUGAAUAUAUAUUUACAUUAAGCUGACCAUUACUUUGGACAAGGAUGAUAUCUACAUUAUGGAAUAAUUCUUCUUUCAUAUUUAGAGAUAGUCACAGCAUGCUGGGAUGCUUGAGAUAAAUGAAUCUAUGCAAUUACUCAACAUUCCUUUUGAACUAAUUAUUUUUUAAUAUGAGUUUUUCAUAUUUAAUUUUAUAAUUGUUAAUAUUUUCCUAAAGCAAUAUAGUGUAUUAGCAUCUUUAAAUAUUCUUAUAAUUUGAACAUUUCUGUAAAUAUUGGGUCAUAGCAUACAUUUUCCAUACAAUUACAUUUCAAUUCCUACAUUUCCAAUAUUUUCUAUUUGUUUUUGGUUGGAUGUUUCUUUGCAUAUUUUGUAAAUUGCUGGCCACCUUGUUAUGCCCUGACUAUUAUUAUUUAUAACAAAAAUAUACUUAAGAAUGUGGAAACAGUGUUACAUAUUGACAAUCAUCCAUUUAGCAAAAUAAAUCUGAGCAU